AUGGCCGACCAUAGGAAAUGUAACGCCUGUCUAAAAAGUGUAGCAAACACUCCAUCAUUAAAUUGCUCACGCUGUAAGGCUGAAUAUCAUCAUUUUUGCAUAAACUAUUCACUGCCAGAGUAUAAUGCGAUGUCUGUUGAGCUUAAAUCGAAAUGGAUCUGCUUGCAGUGUCAAAGUCGCGAACGCAAGGGAGGCGAUAAUUCAAACACCCCUGUCCGUAGUAAUAAUAGCGUUGCCCUUGAAUCACCUCACCUGGAGUUCGUCACACAGCGCACGAAGGCUCGCACUGAAAAAAAUUGCUCUUGCAUAUCGCCCAGCAGUAUACGGGAUAUCAUUCGAGAAGAAUUUGAAUUAUUAUUUACGCACAAAAUUCACCCUGAAAUGUUAGAGGUUCGAAACGCCGUAUCUUCCCUCGAGGCGUCGAUGACUUACUUUAACGCAGAGCUCGAGAAAGUGAAGGCCGAUCAAGCAGAGCAAACUAAGAUAAUCGGAGUACUAAAAUCAGAGACCGAGUCACUAAGAGCUACCAAUAUAUCUUUAUCUUCUCGCCUGGCACAAAUGGAUCAGCAUGUGCGUUCUUCAAACGUGGAAAUUCAAUGUGUCCCUGAAAAUAAACAGGAAAAUUUAAUAAACACUGUAAUGCAGCUAGGAAAAGUGAUCAAGUGCCCUAUUAGCGAGACGCAAAUUCACUACUGCUCCCGACUAGCUAAGAUUAACAACUCUAGUCCUCGCCCCCGUUCAAUACUCGUAAAAUUUAACAGCCCACGUCUUCGUGACGAGUUUCUAGCAGCAACUAGUAAAUUUAACAAAAUCAAUCGUGAAGACAAGUUGAAUACCAGUCAUUUGGGUAUCGGUGCUAAUAAGAAGGCUGCUAUUUAUGUAGCAGAACACCUUACCCAUGAGAACAAGCGCUUGCACGCAACUGCCCGUUCUAAAGCCAAAGAACUUGGAUAUAAAUUCGUUUGGGUACGAGACGCGAGGAUAUACAUGCGGAAGGAUGAGCAGUCAAGUUAUAUCUACGUUAAAGACAUUGAUUUAGUAAAUAAGUUGUCAUAA